UCUAGUUUUCAAUCCAAAUACAUUUCCACAGGCUUUUCCAGGAUGUUUCUAAUGUAAGAUUAGUCUAAAUGAGACGUUUAUUUGUCACAACGUAAAUGGAGUUUUGAUAUUUAUAUAGGUGUGGUCUAUAUUUUCUUUAUCUGAACGCUAUGACAAAGAAAGUAACUGUAGCGUAACGUUACGUUACUCUUACUGUCAUGUUUUUUAUUUGAAGAAACGUUAAAGAAAGAAUACAGUUGCUUCCACGAUGGAUCGGGACAGAGCUAGCCCGUCCCCCUCCACCAUGCCGGAGACCCCAGGUUGCAACUAUCCUGGUAGCGCCUUACUGCUGGGUCUGAAGAGGGUGUCUGUGCGGCUGGUCGACUGCAGGAAAACACCAGGGCAGAGUGGAACUGUGAGAGAAGGACACGAGGAGGGAGAUUUGAUUUCAUCAAGGAACACCCCUAACCAUCGUUCUCUUAGUGGGAGGAGCUUAUCGUCUGGGGAGCCUCUAAAACAUGUUGCUGACAAGACAGAGAAGAAUGUCAACAGAUCAGAACAUCUCAAGAAACACCAGCAGAGACAUAUCGGGAAGAAACCUCACCACUGCUGCUCUGACUGUGGGAAGAGUUUCACAAGCCAGAGUGGCUUCAUUAUUCACUGUGAUCAGUGUGGGAAGAGUUUUGCUGCAUCUAACACCUUCAAAUCUAAUGUAAGAAUUCAUACAGGGGAGAAGCCUUACCCCUGCCUUGAUUGUAGGAAAAGCUUUGUUCGUGCAGGAUCCUUAACCGUACACCAGCGUGUACACACAGGAGUGAAGCCUUAUAGCUGUGAUCAGUGUGGAAAGAGCUUCAAUCAGUCAGGCCCCCUGACUAAACACCAGCUAAUACACACUAGAGAGAAACCUUAUAGUUGUGGUCAGUGUUGGAAGAGCUUCAAUCAGUCAGUCAACCUGACAACACACCAACUAACACACACUGGAGAGAAACCUUAUAGUUGUGGUCAGUGUGGAAAGGGCUUCAAUCAGUCAGGCAGCCUGACUAUGCACCAGCGAACACACACUGGAGAGAAACCUUAUAGCUGUGAUCAGUGUGGGAAGAGCUUUGCUGUAGCUUCCAGCCUGAUUAGACACCAGGUAAUACACACUGGAGAGAGAACUUAUGUCUGUCUAUGUGGGAAGAGCUUUGCUCUAGCUUCCUACCUAACUACACAUCAGCGAACACACACUGGAGAGAAGCCUUAUAGCUGUGAUCAGUGUGGAAAGAGCUUUGCUGUAUCAGGAAAACUAACUAGACACCAGCGAACACACACAGGAGAGAAGCCUUAUAGCUGUGAUCAUUGUUGGAAGAGCUUCAAUCAGUCAGUCAACCUGACAACACACCAACUAACACACACUGGAGAGAAGCCUUAUAGCUGUGAUCAGUGUGGGAAGAGCUUUGCUGCAGCUUCCACCCUGAAUCGACACCAUCGAACACACACAGGAGAGAAGCCUUACAAGUUUGAUAAUUGUGGAAAGAGCUUCAGUCAAUCAGGGAGCCUGAAUUCACACCAGCGAACACACACUGGAGAGAAACUCUAUGUCUGCCUGUGUAGAAAGAGCUUUACUCAUUUAGGGUAUAUUAGAAAACACCAAAAAGCAAAAAUGUGCCAUAUUUCAUCUCAGUCCUAUCCGACACCGGCACCAGAUCCAUAAAUAAAGGAUCAAUAGAAAACAUCUAGUGAACAGUCAUAUCCAUCUCUCAUUCUUAAACAGUUGACUUAGUCUGAUCACCAUGGUAACCUCUGUGCAGCAUAAUAUGCAGCUCUGAUCUGGGAUCAGGUCUCCACUGUGUCUAUGUAAUAUCACACAUUGAUCUAAAUGGAUAAAUGUUAUCAUAGAAAAUGUUAUAGGGAACCUGUGUGUGUGUGUGUGUGUGGGAGGGAUGUUGAUAAUUGUAUCUUCUUUCAUAUACUCAUGAUACUGUUGUUAUUAAAUGUCAUGAGGAAUAAUGUUUCAACAAUAGGUGUAUAUUCAUGUAUUCAAUUGAUCAAUAAAUUAAAUCCAUUAUCUUCUAAACAAGAAGUUAUCACUCAUUUUAUAAUAAUAUCUAAAUUGAUUAAAAUGACAAACAACUAAUCCAUAAUGCAUUGAAUAAUAAUAUCCAUGAGGUCAAGAACUAUGUAUACUGUCUUGUAACAUCGGUUAAUGUAAUAACUUUGAGAUUUAUAAUGUAAUAAAACCGGUAAAUGUAAUAUCUUGUUGGUUAAUAUGAUAAAAUGUAGAA